AUGACCUUGCUGGUCGACGCCAAGUCUACUGAAAUUGUGCAGCUUACGUCAAGACUGCACAAUGAAAUACUUGAGCAUACAACAGAUCGGGAAAACUUGGAAGCUGAGAACAUGAGAAUGGCUACAAAACUGAUGCUUUAUCAGCAGCAGUACUCAGUCGCUAAUGCAGACUGGAAUGCCAAAGAAGAAGAGUUGAAGAGUUGUAUGAAUGAGGCAGAACGACUGUGCAGCCAAUACAAACAGCAGAAACUAGCGUUGAGGUCGACAAUUAAGACUCAAUUCCAGUCCAAUGCUCGGCUUGUGGCUAAGAAUAAGGCCAUGAAAGCAGACGCUUUGAAAUUGCGAGAGAUGAUCGCAAUGCUGGAAGUCACAACGACCAGGCUAGAAUCCAAAGUGGCUUACUGGAGAGAGAACGAUCUCACUUUUUUUGCUAAAAAUGCGCAAAAGCGCGAUACGGAGGACGGAACGUCGUUGCAAGUAUCGCACUUGAGUACGCAAGUCACUCUGCUGGUGGCUGAGCUGGAAAAAGUGGUUAAGGAAAACAAGGAGCUGCAUACAAAGCAGUCUAGGUGCUACUGUUGCCGUAAUUCCCCUCGACGUGAAACUCAUGACUCCGAUUCGAAAGCUAAAAAACAUUUUAUGAACCGAAUUCAACAGAUGAAGCAUGACCAGCAGCAAGUGGAAUCUAAACGCCGCGCGUUACUUCUCGUAAACGCGAAACUUAUUCAGGAUCAGAAAUAA